AUGGCUCCUAAGCUUACCUUCAGGGAGCAGAUGGACGGGUUCCCCUGGACCCAACUGCUAGUUGUGUCUCUGGUGAGAUUUAGUGAACCUAUAGCGUUUACAUCGUUAUUCCCGUAUGUGUAUUUCAUGGUUAGAGACUUCCAUAUUGCCCCCAACGAUGCUGAAGUUUCAAAAUAUUCUGGUUACUUAUCAUCGUGUUUUGCUCUAUGCCAAGUGGUCUCAGCUUACCAUUGGGGCCAUUUUUCGGAUAUCUAUGGGCGUAAAUGUGCACUAAGUUUGGGGUUGAUUGGUACCUGUACAUCGUUAAUGGUUCUUGGAUUUUCCAAGAACUUUUAUAUGGCACUUCUAGCUAGAUGUAUGAUGGGUCUUUUGAAUGGUAAUGUUGGUGUACUGCGAACAAUGAUUGGUGAAAUUGCUACUGAAAGGAAACAUCAAGCUUUAGCUUUUAGUACAAUGCCACUUUUAUUUCAAUUUGGAUCCGUAGUGGGACCAAUGGUCGGUGGGUUCUUGGUCUUUAAACAGUCUCAUGGUGAGAAUAUUCCAAACUUCUUUCCCCAUUGGCUUAGAGGAUUAGUUCAUAGAUAUCCAUAUCUUUUGCCUAACAUCGUGGUAUCCAUUUUCCUCAUGGUAGGGCUUUUUAAUGCCAUUCUUUUUCUAGAAGAGACACACCCUGAUUUAAAAUACAGAAGAGAUUAUGGGGUGGAAUUGGGAGAUUUUAUUAAACUGCAUAUAUUUGGUAUACAACCGGUAUCCAGACCAUGGAAUCAUCUACAAUUAGAUACUCAUAAUGAUGAUAAUCCUAUUAUUGGUGAUGAUUCAUCGGUUAUCCAUUCAGAUCAAGACACGACUACAGAAGCUGUGGAUCAUGACACUGCACCUUUGAUUCCAUCAAGUGGUGAUUCUUCCGACUCAGAGGAAAGUAUUAGAUCAUUCGGCCCUAUUUUAACCCGUAGACAAAGUGUGGGGCUCAUUAGAGAAUAUUCGUUACACGAACCAACAGAUAUUCCAGAUGCAGAUUUAGAGUUAGCUUUUGAUGGUUGUAAAGAGGAUAGUAUUUACCAUCAUGUUUUCCACACAUCAGUUUUCUAUCCAAUAUCGGUUAAUUUUAUCAUGUCGUUGCACUUGAUUGUUUAUAACGAAUUCUUACCAGUUUUCCUAGCAUACGAUUUGGCUCAAGAUGACAAGGGUAAUCUAUUGUCCAAGUUCCCAUGGAAAAUUUCAGGUGGGAUUGGGUAUUCUCCAGAUCAAACAGGUGCCCUUUUAUCAUCAACCGGUAUAUUUGGAUGCUUUGUGGUCAUAUUCAUUUUCCCUGUUGUCGAUCGUAGUUUUGACUGCUUAACGAUUUUCAGAACUUUGGUUAAACUGUACCCAAUAAUGUAUUUGAUGGUACCAUAUGUGAUCUUUUUACAACAGGACCACAUCCCACGUUGGUGUACCAUUGUCUACUUAUAUUUGAUAACAGGUACAAAGACUCUAUGUGGUGCGUUAACUUCCCCACAAAUUAUGCUUCUGAUCCACAACUGUAGUCCGUUAAGUUGCAGAGCUGUAAUAAACGGUGCAACAAUUAGUAUAUCUGCAUUAGCUCGAUUUGUGGGGCCACUAGCUUGGGGGUAUAUUAUGUCAUGGUCUCAAGAAUUUGAUGUUGCUUGGCUUUCAUGGUGGUCAUUAGGGUUGAUCAGUUUAAUCGCCCUUUUCCAAUCCUAUAAGAUUGAUCCCAUUGAUGAAGAGGAUGAAGAGCCGGGCGCAGCAUCAAUAGAAGAGGCAAGACCACAUUCAAGGCCCAGUUUAAGCAGUUUUAGCAACCAUCGCAGACCUUCAGAAUUAAACAAUAGUUAA